AUGACAACGCUGCCCAGCCUGUCCAGCAUCUUCGGUGGCCAUGGGCACCACCUGAUGCCUGCGCCGGCCGCUGCUAACUAUGGGGAUUGGAGAGCACAGCGUCUACAAGCCAAUCUUCCGCGUGAAGAGCGACGAACUCUAGAGGCCCACAUAGCCUCUGCAGGUGGAAGGAGCUUCGAAGAAAAAUGUUGGACCCAGCCACAUGCCUACCCCAUGCUACAUCUCCCGCCCAUUAUUCCUGGGAAUCCAUUUUUCUUCUCUGAGCAUGAACGUGCCACCACAGGAGGAGCGAGGCUGCCUCCACCCGGAAGAGAAGUCCUCCCUCCGAUCGGCUCCCUGGUGUAUGAAUGGAACAGCGACGUGGCAGCAAUGCUUGGUGAAUUGGAAAUUGCUCGACGACUACGCGAUCAAGAGCAUUUGCAAGCGGGUCGUCAGCCUAAUGUUCACUUUGGUUAUCCUGUGCGCGACGGACCUCUGCAUUCGACACCGCCGAAGGAGUGCGCCGUAUGCUUUGAGGAACACCGACCAGGAGAGUUGGUUGUCUUACAUCACUGCCACUGCGCCUAUUGCAUACCGUGUCUCAACCAGGCCUUCCGAGUAGCCUGCAGGGAUCGAGCGUCAUUCCCUCCCAGGUGCCACAAUGUCCCGCUACGCAUCUCUGCUGUAGGCACCGUGCUCGACGACGACGUUGUCGAACGCUACAAAGAGAUUGAAGCCGAGUUCGGUGCACAUCGCCCUUUUUACUGCGCUUCGCCAAAGUGCUCCGCCUUCAUCCCUGUGAAGGACCAUCUAGCCCAGCAAGAGGUGGCAUUCUGUCUUCAAUGCCACAACUCAACAUGCAAAAGCUGCAAACGGCUCCAGAGCGACCACCCUGUUUGGGAUGCGGAUAUGAAGAAGCGCGUGUGUCCUGCUCUGGAGGAAGACGUCGUCAAACUCUUUGAGCUGGGGGAGGAGAAGGAAUGGAGACAGUGCCCGACGUGUGCGAACAUGGUGGAGAGGACUGACGGCUGUGAACACAUGGACUGCAUCUGCGGCGUCGAGUUCUGCUAUCUCUGCGGCACACAUUUCGACGAAAGCAGUAUUUGUGGAUGCAACGAUGGAUAUGACGAGGAUGAGGAUGACAUGGACAUUGAUGAAUCGAUGGCCGCAGAGUAGAAGCCCCAUCCCACGUCCGCCUUUGGGAGGUUUGGUCGUGCCACGUGUCUCCGCGACGAGCAGGUUACCAUGGGCUCACUAGGCCCUGCUCAGUCGAGCUGUCAGAGGUGUUUGAGACCCGAACAGGUGUGGAUUUGCGGCGAGUGCUGGGGUGCUGAUGUUUCUGGACUGUAUGCGCAGGCAGCAUGAGAUCGUUUCGACGCGCGUUCUACGAGGAGUAAGGGGACUUCCGCGACUUUUCCGAUUUAUCUUAAGGAGGACGGCCGUGUCAGCGAGGGCAUUGAUGAAUCUGCGGUAUCUGAGACUGCUUCUUAUCCCGAAAGGCUGCAAAGGCAAGGGAACGCUGCGAGUCGGAGCAUCGGGGUAUCAACGACCAGGGAAGACGAGGACACGGCCAUGGCACGGCGGUUCAUGCCAUACUGCGGCUUUCCAGAGAGCAGACGCCGAGAUUGCUUAUGACUCGGUGACGCCUUGUUCCUUGCGUUUAUGUGGACAACAGCACACGACGACGUUGUCAUGGGGUAGGAGAUUGCGGCUGGCGUUUAUGGCACGAGAUGCAAUGCGACGCAAGGCGAUGUUUGGAGGAAUGCUCCAGGCGGCGGUCAGGGAGGCAGGAGAUGACAACGACGUUUACGAACCGAAUGAAAAUGACAGACUUGGAAACAACGGGAUUGAUGGAGGAGACGGAAAACAUAGCUCACAGUCUGGUUGGGUACUAGGUAUUGAUAGUCGGAUCUUUUG